AUUUUCUUCAAUAGAGCAGACAUGACACCAAAAAAAGAACCAGAACCUCAGCCCUCCAGAUCCGAAAAAAUAGCAGUUUACCGCAACCAAGCUUGUCAAGCUGUUUUUUCGAACCCAGAAAACGCAGGACUCCAAAAAAAGAAGUCUGUAAAAUCUCUUAUCAAAAAGAACCACCUAUCGGUGGCGGGAUUUUCCACGAAGCGCCUGAGCUCCAUACUGCUGUCGCUCCAAAAAGACAGAGUAUUCGAAUCUACCAGCUUCGCCCAGGCUGCAUUCCCAGAGCUUCGUUCGUCAGAGCCAGCAGGAGCAGCGCACUCUGCACCUGCCUCAGUUCCUACACAAACCCAAGCAAUAAUGGAACCCACCGUGCGACCAAAAAGAGAGCUUUUAGAAUCUCUUGAGAGAAUAUAUCUCACAGGAGACUACUCAGAUAUGACUAUAGCUUCUGCCACCAGGAAUUACCCUGUCCACCGUGCCAUAGAGGGCUUUGAGGGCGUAAUAACCCUGCACGACAACGAACCCCUUGUGAUUGAUAUGAUGAUACAAUAUCUUUACCUCCUCGACUAUAAACCGGCACAUGACCCUAGCUUCCAGCUCGCCGAGAGUAAGCAGAACGCAAGCGCCCCUGAUCUCCUUCUACACACCAAAGUGUACGCUAUUGCAGACAACUAUGCCAUCGCCGGUCUCAAAGCUCUAGCCGUUGUCAAAUUUAAAUCAUCUGCAGGAGAGGUCUGGAACAUCAAAGAUUUUCUCGAUGCGGCUAUUGAGGCAUACAGCUCUACUGUUGAGACUGAUCGGGAUAUGCGAAAUGCUGUUGUUCAGAUGUUUGCCAGGCGCAAGGAGCUGUUGGAACUGGAUGAAGUCAAAAACCUCGUCAGAAAACUGGACCAACUUGCCUAUGACUUGCUCCUGCACUUCCACAACGAAAGGAGAAUCUUAUAAGCAGGCUGUUUAUCUUAUUUAUGGCUGCGGCACGCUUUCGAUAUCAUCCGAGUGCUCAACUGGAGUCACGUUUUUGAGCGUUGGAAAUGGUAGUUAACUAUGACGAGAAACAUUGAUCUGUUG